GAGAGCGGGCGAGAGGAAGAGGGCGGGAGCGAGCGAGCGAGCGAGCGAGGAGCGAGCGCGAGAGAAAGGAGAGGAGGGAGGAGGCGCGGCGCGCCAUGGUGGCCAGCGCGGGGCCAGGGCCGGGCCCCGGGCCGGGCCGAGCCGGGCCAUGAGCCGCGCCGGGAGCUGGGACAUGGACGGGCUGCGGGCGGACGGCGGCGCCGCGGGGCCGGCCCCGGCCUCCUCCUCGUCCUCCGCGGCGGCGGCGGCGGCGGCGGCGCCCGGCCAGUGCCGCGGGUUCCUCUCCGCGCCCGUGUUCGCCGGGACGCACUCGGGGCGCGCGGCGGCGGCGGCGGCGGCUGCGGCGGCGGCGGCGGCGGCGGCGGCCUCCAGUUUCGCGUACCCCGGGACCUCUGAGCGCACGGGCUCCGCCUCGUCGUCGUCAUCUUCUGCCGUGGUCGCCGCGCGCCCCGAGGCUCCCCCCACCAAAGAGUGCCCGGCGCCCGCGGCGGCCGCGGCUGCAGCGCCUCCGGGUGCGCCGGCGCUGGGCUACGGCUACCACUUCGGCAACGGCUAUUAUAGCUGCCGCAUGUCGCACGGCGUGGGCUUGCAGCAGAAUGCGCUGAAGUCGUCGCCUCAUGCGUCUCUGGGAGGCUUCCCCGUGGAGAAGUACAUGGACGUGUCCGGCCUGGCGAGCAGCAGUGUACCGACCAACGAGGUCCCCGCGCGAGCCAAGGAGGUGUCCUUUUACCAGGGCUACACGAGCCCCUACCAGCACGUGCCCGGGUACAUCGACAUGGUGUCCACCUUCGGCUCUGGGGAGCCUCGGCACGAAGCCUACAUCUCCAUGGAGGGCUACCAGUCCUGGACGCUGGCCAACGGGUGGAAUAGCCAGGUGUACUGUGCCAAGGACCAGCCGCAAGGGUCCCACUUUUGGAAAUCGUCCUUUCCAGGGGAUGUGGCUUUAAAUCAGCCAGACAUGUGUGUCUACCGACGGGGAAGGAAAAAAAGGGUGCCUUACACCAAACUGCAGCUCAAAGAACUGGAGAACGAGUAUGCCAUUAACAAGUUCAUUAACAAGGACAAGAGGCGACGGAUUUCAGCUGCCACGAACCUAUCUGAGAGACAAGUGACCAUUUGGUUUCAGAACCGAAGAGUGAAGGACAAGAAAAUCGUCUCCAAGCUCAAAGAUACCGUCUCCUGAUGUGGGCCAAGUUGACCACAGUUCAGUUGCUUUCAGUUGUCUCCAAAAGACCUUUGGAAAGACUUGAAUGUGUAUUUAAUUCCUCCCCCCACCCCACCUCCUGCCGAUGAUGGCAAAUUUUGUGAAAUGUUUUUCUCUCUUAACCCUCACCUGGCUCUAAAACCUUUUGCUGCCUAACCUGA